AUGGCAGCCCUAGCCUUGAAGGCCAUCAGCGUCGGCGCAGAGAAGGUUCCCGACAAGUUCUUCGAAAAGAUCCCCGGAGGCUACUUCACACCCGCAGAACAGAAAGAAAUCAAGAAACACCGUAAAGAACGCAGCGACAGACACGAAAGAGAACGACACCACAGCGAAGAAAGAUCCAGCAAGCGCAGCUCACGACAAGAGCGCAGCCCGCCGACUGAGUACUCCGACUACUACACGGACGACACCGACUACGAGCGCGAACGAGAGCGACGAAAGAGAGAGCGACGACGCGCAAAGAGCACUGGAACGACUGCUAGUAGAGGUCUGAGUCGGGGACGACACGGUAGACAUAGUAGCGACUUUGACGGACAGCACAGCCCUCCAAGAGACAUGGCUCAACCACAGCAGGGACAGCCCUACUUCCCUCCUCCGCCUACAUCCGAGUAUAAGCCGUAUAAUCCACAGGAGUAUGCUCCUAGCCCCGUCCAAGAUCACCGCCCAUCUGCUACUCCUGCCUACGGAUACUCUCCUCAGCCAGCACCUGCAGAGCCACGUGGUGUCACCCUAGACUAUGGCCAGCGCGAUGCUCCCAGAAGCUCUAGGUACAUUCCUGGCCCUGGAUACGCGCCGUCGCCCGCGGUAGACGCGCCCAUUCCGCCUCCACCUGUUGGCUCGAAUUCUCCUAUGAACCCCUACCAUCAUACCGAGUUCCCUGCGACUGGCGCUGGCUACCAACCGUCUCCGCCGCCCUUUAGCCGUCAGCGCUCCAACUCUCAGCCUACUUUCGCGCCAGCUUUUGCGCCAGUGCCUAGCGCAGUCUACCCGACCUACAUCCCCCCAUCCGCUGAACAGCCAGUGGUCGCUUACAACGACUCCCAACCUCGCUCUCGCCGUGAGAGCACCAAGCCUCGUCGUGAACAUCGUCACAGGGCUAGGUCCGUUGACUCUCACUCCCAUCAGUCCCGCUCUAGCAAAGACCACCGUCGAGAUGAUUCGCGCAUGACUAAAGUGCGCGAUAGAUUCGAUAGCAUGGAUCUGCGCGAGAAGAGCCUGGCGGCAUCGGUGGGAGGUGCGUUGGCGGGAGGAUUUGCGGGGAGAUCGUUGGGUAAAAGUAGGCUGACUACGCUUGCAGGAGCAGCUGCGGGUGCGUUGGGUGCCAGACAGAUUGCGACACGCUCAAGAAGCCGAAGCGAUCGCCACUCCACGUCCCGUUCUCGCUCCCGAUCCCGGACUCGUGCGCAUGAACGCGAACGCAGCAAAGGUCCUGGCCUGCGUGCUAGAAGCCGCAGCGUAAUCGAUCGCUUCCGUUCCAAGUCCCGCGGCCACGACGAUCGCGAUUCGCGAAAGGACGAUAGGCGCGAUCGCGAUCGCCGUCCAGACCAUGGAUACGACUAUGGUCGCGAUGAUUACGAUUACUUCAGCAGCGACUCUGAGGGUGAUGGCAGUCCUGUCAAGACGAGGCGACACCGAAGGAGGGACUACUAG